UCAACUAUUAUAUUUGUCUAGUGUUGUACAAAGUAGGCUUAGUAGAUUUAGGAUUUUGUCGUUUUGUUCUGUAUCUACAUUAAUAUAAUAAAGAGGAUUUUUUUUGUUUCCCGAGCAGAACACGGCCUCCUAGGCUGAACGAGAUGCCAAAUACAUAUAAAAAAAGUUGUGUGCAUCGAUUUGAAAAAUUCUUUCACUGUGUUGGAAAGCUGCACUCUUCCCGUAUAUCUAUCUACAUUUUAUCUUGGUACGGGCAGAGGCUCCCAAGGGACGCGGAAAAUAUAUUUUCAGUUACGUGCACAUGUGUACCUAUAGCUCAUACACGCACUAUCGAUUCAUUCUCGAUGGUUUCGACAUUUAAGAACAACACUAAAAAGGUUUCGGGUUGCGGGAGGGUGGGCAUCUAUAUAAACAACAAACCUUUGUUUGUAGCGAAGUUCGUCGAUACUCGUUUAGCGUCAUUUGAUUUAGCGUCCAUCUGACGCAGUAGCGCGCAGUUUGUGUCGUAGUAUUGUUGUUAUUUACAUUGUGUAAUGGCCGAAGCGCCUGAGAGCGAGCCCAUGCCGUCUUCUAGCGAAGGCGGGGUCGGGCCCGACGUGAAAGAUGCCGAUGAGCCAUUGACUAAAAAACGUAAAAUAACUGAGAAAGAGGGGAGCGACAAGCUCGAGCACAGGCUGGGGGGCAUCCUGUGCUGCGCAGUUUGCUUGGACCUGCCGCAGGCGGCCGUGUAUCAGUGUAGCAAUGGACACCUGAUGUGUGCUCCAUGCUUCACGCAUUUGCUCGCGGACGCGCGGCUGCGCGACGAGGCGGCCACGUGCCCCAACUGUCGCGUGGAGAUCUCCAAGACGUCGGCGUCGCGCAACCUGGCCGUGGAGAAGACGGUGUCGGAGCUGCCGUCCGAGUGCAAGUACUGCACGUGCGUGUUCCCGCGCCACUCGCUGCAGCACCACGAGGAGAACACGUGCGAGGAGAGGCAGUACAAGUUCUCGCAAAUGGUAGUCGAUACGGCACAGAGCAGACGCUACCUCGAUAGUUUGGUUCGCAUAGUGUCCAGCUUGGUGCGUAGCGCCCGGCGCCGGCCGCGCCGGCCGCAGUCGUACAGGGGCCGUGUCCGCAGGCUGACGGGCUGCCGCUUCGCGUGCAUCGGCUGCCCGUGGCUGGGCCCGGCGCACGAGGCGCGGGCGCACGAGGCGGCCUGCGCGCACCCCGGCAAGUCGGCGGCCGACGUGGUGGCCACGCUGGCGGAGCGCGAGCGCCGCGCCCGCGACGCGCACGCCGUCUACAGCCAGGUGCUCGACCUGCUCUCCUACGAGAAGAUUACCUUCAAUGACCUGCAGCUGAAGCCGUACCGCACGGAGGAGUUCGUGCACAAGCUGUACUACGAGACGUCGCGGUUCUCCGCGUUCGGCCACCAGUGGGUGGUGAAGGCGUUCGUGAACAAGAACCAGCGCGACCCGACGCAGAGCUCGCAGCGGGAGAUCACGUACCAGCUGAUCCUGAAGAGCAAGGCGGCGUGCGCGCUGGCGGUGCAGUGGGUGGCGCUGCGCGGCCCGUACGGCGAGGCGCGCGUGCGGCCCGAGCUGGCGGCGCACAGCUUCCACGACGACGCGCCCGACGCGCCGCCGCUGCCGCUGCCGCUGGCCGACGACAACGACACCAACCGCCUGCUCUCCAACAAGGCCAUACACUUCAGGCUCAUAAUGUUCCUGUCGUCCAAGUGAUGGGCUGCGGCGCGGGCGCCGGGCGGCGAGUGACGUCACGCCGUCACACUCCGCGUUACCAAAGAACAAUGCAACCACAUACACACACCCUCACACACACACGCGCGCGCGCGCGACAUCCUCACACUCCCACCACACAUCCUACACAUCGACUUCAUAACUCAAAAUCAUUUAUUUCUCGAAUAAAGCAAUACCGAGAUUUUUAUGUAUUUGUGAUAUAGCUAGCUACUAUUUAAUUAUGAGAUGUCUUGUUAGAAUUGAUCUGUACAAGCAUUCAUAGCAUUCUGUCCGCUUUUUAUAACAUUACUUAAUUCAUAUUUUUGCGUUACAAAUCGUAGUGGAACGGAAAUUCAAAAGCAGAGGUUCGAGAUUAUAAUUGAGUACAAAUUUCUAUUUAUUGGUGAUUAUUUGUUGAGUCGUUAGUGAUGUAAGUAUUGAUAGAUGUUAUUAGGUGUAAGCUUUUCGCUUAAACACAUUCAGUGCGGCUACUCUGGUAAUGGCGUCAUAUCCGAUACAAUGCGUCAACCUAGUAUGUUACAAGCCACGCACCACACACCAUAUCUAAAUCGGCAGCUUUUACGAUGUAGCUAUGUAGGUACGAUUAUAACUCAAACAAGGACUUACCAGAGUGACUGUAUUGAAUAAAACGAACAUUUUAACUUGGUAUUCAUUUAUUUGGUAACAAUAAUGGCCAUAAAAUUUGUAUACGUAUUUAAAAAAAUAUUUUGAAGAGUUGUGUUUAUAUAAAUCUUAUGUAUUUUGCAUGCAUGUGUUUUACUGAACGGCUCCGACCGCUAACUUUAUGUAUUGAGUAAUCAAAUUAAUUAUUAUAUUUUAAAGUAACACCUGGAGCCGUGUUACAAUCAUUAUUUUAUAGUGAAUUACUUUAGAUAUAACUUUGGGUUUUGAUUAAAGUGCUAAGUUAUUGAA